AUGCCUGAUGAACUAUGGCCUGCUUUAAGCCAAGGGCUCCUCCAGUGCCAGUUCGACAGGGCCGGGCAGCUAAGGAUUAUGUUCACGAAUAAGGUUAUCGAGAUCUUCUUGCUUCGCAGACAGCUGCAAGCGGAGAGGAAAGAAAAUGAACAGUUGAAAGAUGACCUGCGGAGAGCAGAUGAUUUCUUCUAUGAAAAGGAGCAUCCGGUGCAGAGCUCACAGAAAUCGGUUCGCUUUGCUAGAAGUCAUAGCUCAACAUCAUUGGCUCUCUCAGAUGCUGAGGGCGAGGACUCCAUGCGGAUAAGGCGAUUGAGCAGAAAGCGGCGUUCUCGCAUGUCCUCGGUUGCUCUUUCGGCCAUGGACGAAUGCAGCACAUUGGAAGAGGAAAACAAAAGGUUGCGAGAAAUUAUUCGAGAUCUGGAGCGCAGCAGGGAUGACGACAGCUAUGAAGAGGAAUCAGAAGAAGAAGAACAAGAAAUCGAAGAGGAAGUCCCGGCCUCCCCAGGCUGGCGAAGAGUGUUCAGCAUUGAUGAAGGAAACUGUGUGGCUUUUAGAGAGUACUUGAAAGAGUGGAAACAUGCGAGCGUCAACAGUGUCAUGCCAGGGUGUGGCGACACAAACCAAGAAGAUACCGGAGGCAACCAAUCUCAGGACGCACAGGAUUUGGAGAUGAGGGAUGAAUUGCAAGUUCAUCAUUGGGAACGCGUCACAAUGAAGUUGAUGAUGAAGUUGAUGAUGAAAGAGGAAGAAGCAGAGGUCCAGAACAUUAGGAAAGAGGAAGAAGCAGAGACCAAGAAGAAAAUCGACGGCAUGAAGCAGGAGCUAGACCAGCAGAAGAAGGAGUCGGAGGAAGCCAAGCAGCGUUUUGAAGAGGGCCUUGCUGAGUGGAAGAAGAAAGACGAAUUCUCGCAAGAAGAGAUCCGAGAGCUCAUAGAGGAAAUCGAAGAACAGCGGCUGCAAAACAGCGAAGCCGAAAUGAACAUGCGUUAUCCGAGACCAACGCCAGAGGGGGACUUCCUGGUGGAGAUGACAGACGACAUGCUUACGGUGCCUUUGGAGAUCCCUUGCUCUGAUGCAGGAGGAUACAGUGCUGGAUGCAGCCCACACACUUCUCCAGAUCCAGAACUUGCAGCAAGAGUGGCGGGGCAGGUUCGCAAGAAUCUCGAGUUGCAAAGGCGAAUGGAGGAUCUGCUGAUUUGGCGAUCAGAGACUACUGUUGGAAAAUUGCAGAACGACUUGCAGCUGGUUGGAUCGCCCGAGCUAUUGGGAAAGAGUCAGUGGGUCGCCGCUGAGGAGCAUUCAACUGUCGCGGAGUUGCGUGAAAAGCUUGAGGCAGAGGUGUAUGCUGGGCGUUCAACCAUUGCAGAUUUGCACAACAAACUCGAGACAGAGAUGAAAAGUGAGCUGGAGGAGCAUUCAACAGUCGCGGAGUUGCGUGAAAGGCUUGAGGCAGAAGUGCAUGCUGGGCGUUCAACCAUCGCAGAUUUGCACGACAAACUCGAGACAGAGAUGAAAAGUGAGCUGGAGGAGCAUUCAACAGUCGCGGAGUUGCGUGAAAGGCUUGAGGCAGAAGUGCAUGCUGGGCGUUCAACCAUCGCAGAUUUGCACGACAAGCUUGAGACAGAGAUGAAAAGUGAGCUGGAGGAGCAUUUGACAAUCGCGGAGUUGCGAGAAGAACUUGAAGCAGAGAAGCAAGAAGCAGAAGAGUAUGAGGACCACAUCAUGCAAUUGGAAGAGAAGCUGGAGCACGAGCGACGCGAGCGCAACAAGUCCCCCAAGUCACCCACCAAGCGCAGCUCCGCGUUCGUGUUCGCUGAGAAGAUGGCCGAAAUCCACGAAUCCCAUAAGGGUCGGGGGAGCCGCAGCAGCUUUGAAUACCCUGCUAGCUCCAGGGAUGUCAGCUCAUCGCUUUCACCGCAACGGGAUCGUGGCGCUGCAGCUUUAUCUGGGACCGUCACUUUCGCUGAAGACUUCCAGGCUUCACAAUACCAAGAAGCUGAGCACGAACGGCUCAUGAAUGCAGAGGUGAAGAGGACUUCAAUACUGCUGUCUGAGCACAUGGCAGAGAAGACUAAACUCAAAGAGAGAAACCAGGAGCUGGAACUUCGCUUAGCAGAGCUGCAUGAGAAGCAUAAUCAGGAGCUGUCAGCUAUUGAAGAGUUGAAACUGAGCGAGCAGCGAGGAUUUGAUGCCGAGAAAGCCGCGCGGCAUGUGGUAUUGGGCACUGAAGCCAAGCUGGCAGCACUGCAGGAUGAAGAGGGCCGCCGGCAGGCAAAUGAGGAGUGCCUCACCAGCAAGCUGAUGGAAUAUCAGAAGGAGGCCGUGCAGAUGGCAUUGUAUCGCACAGAGUUCUUGGACAGCGAGGAAAGAGCUGCAUUGGCUCAGAGGAGAUUGGAAUCUACACAAUCAAAAUGCACAGAGCUGGCGAAAAGUGCAGACGAGGCCCUUGAAGGUGAGUUGAAGGCACGAAACAUCCUCACAGAGUUGGAGUCAAAGACUCGAUCACAAGAAGAUGAACUUGAAAGUCUUACCAAGAUCGAAACUUUGCUGUGGGAAAGCCAGGAGCGCUCAGAGGCUGCGGAGAAGGCCAACAAGGCCCGCGAAGACGAACUGGCCGAGUACAAGUUGAUGUUCGAGAGCCUGCAAAAGGCAGAGACGCAGAGCAGAAAGCUAUUAGAAGCCCGAAAUGCAGAGCUGCAGAAAAGCAUCGAGGAUGCGCGAGAGUCGGAGGCGCAACUGGCCCAGGAGCGGGCGCUGCUUGCAGAAAAGGUUGCCUCCGCACUGAGGCCAGCUCGCCAUGAGUCGGACGGUCCGUCUUUGGCAGAUCGAGUGGGAGUUUUGAUGCAGCGGAAUUUGAAACUCCAGAGGCAGAUGGCAAGCCUUCUCGAGCAAAACCUGGCAGUGGGCACUCAACCUGAUGAGCCCCAGGAAGGGCAUGUCAGAUCGGCUUCAGAGCAGGUUGGCCCGCCACAAAUGCAAGAAGAGAGUCCUGUCAAAGGCCGCUCUCGUAGUCGGCAGUCUGUGCGUGUGUUCGGACAAAAAGUGCUGCUGGAACGGCAACAACGUCGAGCAGGCUCGGAAGAGUCUGGGUCUACAAGGCCCACGCAAGAUGAAGUUGACACACAGGCCGGCGGAUCCACAGCAGCUCGGGAGAUGUUUGAGGCCUUUGCUGCGAUGGCUCAGCGAGAGGCAGAAGAGUUGGAAAAGGUGUGGCAAGAGAUGCAGAGUGUCUCUGCUAAAGAGCUGGCCGCAGAGCGUGCCAGAUCAGCCAUGUUGACAGACGAGCUGCGUCGGUUGCAAGGCUUAGCUCACAGCUCAAUUCAAACUAUUGUCUUCGUUUCACUUGGCACCAUGGUUUGGCGGCAGCUUGCGACUGCCUGGGUCGCUGGAGCUUCCUUCGUCUCUCCCGGCCCUCCAUGGCAGUCCGCCCGAAGGCCGGAUGUAGAGUUGGUGUUGGAUUUGGACCUGUGCAAAAACAAGCCCACGUUCACAGCAGAUCGCUGCCCCAUUGAUACUAUCGUCGCUUGCUGGUCCUUGGAUGCCCAAGAUGAUUGGUGGUGCCUCGGGGAGGCUAUGGCAGGGCCCAGGGCAGCCAGUGGACUCCCAUGGAAUGUCGCUUGUGACGCGCUUGGGAGCUAUGCAGGAGCUUGCACUUAUGGCAUAGCACCAACAAAGCGUCCUGAGCCUCCUGUGCUUCCAGAGUUGUUAUCUUGGGAAGAUGCAAAGGCCAAGGCCGCAGAGACGGUGAAGCUCAUGAGCUUGGAACAAAAGACUAGCCUUCUCCAAGGCUCGGGCUGGGUAGAUACACAAUGGUGGUUUGACUUGCCACGUUUUUUCUAUGUGGGGAACACACCAGCCGUGCCAGAACUUGGAAUUCCGAGCCUGAACAUGCAAGAUGCCACUGAUGGGUUUCGCACUUAUUGGACCGACUUGAAGGGGACAGUGACGGUUUGGCCCUCGAUUUUGGCAAUGGCUGCAACUUGGGACCCAACAGCUGUCCAAGACUUUGCCGUGGCUGUGGGCAAAGAGUUCCGAGGGAAAGGUGCGAACGUGAUUUUGGGGCCUGGAGUGCAGGUGCAGCGCAUGGCACGCAACGGUCGGUCCUUUGAGUACCUCGCUGGGGACGACCCUUACUUGGGUUCCAAGCUAAGCAAAGCCUACGUGCGUGGAGUUCAGUCUCAGGGCGUCCUCGCCGUGAUGAAGCAUUGGGUCUUCAACAGCCAGGAGACCAACCGAGGCACUGAGAACUCCGUGGUCGAUCCGAAGACGGCACGUGAGCUAUACUUCCCACCCUUCGAGGCGGCCAUUGAAGCUGGUGUUGGAGGUGCCAUGUGCUCCUACAACAAGGUGGAUGGCAAAUAUGCUUGCUCCAAUAGUUACAUCUUGAAUGAUGUAUUGAAAGGAGAGCUUGGAUUUGAAGGCUUUGUUCAGUCUGAUUGGUGGGCUGUACAUGAAGCAUCUUUCCUUGAGGGUCUCGAUCAAGAGAUGCCGGGCAGGGCACCUGAAUUGUUCCUAAGUCCUAUGAAUACCUCCAGACACCCAGAGCGUGUGGAUGAUGCUGUCACUCGCAUCCUGGCAGCUAUGAAUAAAGUGAAUUUGCCUGAGACGUCCUCCUGCUCGCCUCCAAAUUGUUCAGAAUGGUUCGUGCGGAAUGUGACCAGCUCCUCUCAUCAAGCCUUGGCCAAGAGCCUUGCCGCUGAAUCCAUCGUUCUUCUCAAGAACCAGGAUGGACUUUUGCCCAUCACCAAUGCGUCUGGAAUCCGCAAGAUAGCCAUCAUCGGAUCAGUUGCAGUGGGUGAAUCCUAUGACCCGGCUGGAGCAGGGCAGGGACUGGGGAUGGAAUGGUUUUCCGGUGAUUACUACUCUGGCGGCGGCAGUGGUCACCUCACCGGAGAUGUUGUCAAGACCUUGCAUGGCUUGAGUGCCAGGGCGGCCUUGGAGAACAUCGAAGUCAUCGCCAGCCCAAGCAACAAUCUCACUGCAGCACGUGAGGCUGCAGCAGAGGCCGACGUGGCCAUCGUAGUGGUGGGUGCCACCAGUGGUGAGUCAGUGGACCGGCCCAAUUUGCAACUGGAGAAUCAGGGGGAUGAUCUCAUCACAGCGGUGGCCAAUGUAUCUUCUAAGACCGUCGUCUUGAUGCAGGUCUGCGGAGCUGUGCUGAUGCCUUGGCAUGAGGGGGUGGGCGGCAUUCUUGCGCUCUUUUUGGGAGGGCAAGAGACAGGAUCGGCAUGGGCUUCGGUCCUUUUUGGAGACAUCUCACCUAGCGGACGGCUUCCCAUCAUGAUGCCUGAAAGCGAAGCAGAUACCAUAGCCCCAAGUGAGGAGGCGACCAUUGUGUACAGUGAGGGGCUGGCCACCAGCUACCGGAACACCUCCUUCAAGGCAACCUUCCCUUUCGGACAUGGCUUGAGCUAUUCCCAAUUCAUCUACUCGGAUGCACAGAUCGUAGAGUGCCCAUACCAAUUCACCUCCUACCUUUUAUGUGUCAAGUCAGCCGUGAUGAACAAUGGCACUCGGCCUUCGCGCACUGUGGCCCAGCUCUACAUGGAAUUUCCUCCAGAGGCCGAACAACCAGUGGCCAUUCUGAAAGGAUUUCAGAAGACUGCGAUUCUUCAGCCUGGAGACUCAGAAGUCUUGAUUUUCCCGCUUACUGAGCGAGACUUGUCCUACUGGGGCCCAUCUGGGUGGACCAGGGUGAGUAGUGCCGUGGCCCAUUUGGCCGAGUCGGCGAAGAAUUUUGGACCCUCACUUCAGAUUGAGCUUCCCACAGUCGACUCAAGCCCAUCGAGCACCACCAUCUCAUCAGCCCAAGGCUUGGGGCUUGGGGGACUUGGGGUGCUCCCCGUCAUGGCACUGGGAGUUUGGGCUUUGUAG